AUGCAUAAUGAUGCUGAAAUAGCUGACAGUGGGAAACCUGAAAUAAUUGAAUAUUAUAAUCGUACCAAAGGUGGUGUUGAUCGAAUGGACCAAAUGUUUGCGGAAUAUCCAACACAAAGACAAACAAAACGAUGGCCACUAGCGAUGUUCUUCAACAUGUUGGACAUUACAGCUCUUGCAGCCUACAUUGUCUACGAUUUGAAUAACCCUAUGUUGCCUUGGAGAACAAACAACAAGCGUAAGCAGAUCCUGCGCAGCUUGGCUGAAGCAUUGUGUAUGCCCAUUAUUGAAGCCAGAGCCAUAAAUCGUCAACUGACGCGAAAUUUUUCGACUAAAAUUGCUAUUGACGCAUAUUUCAACCGACCGGUGGAAUCAAUGGUGUCAACAGCAGCAUCAACAUCUGCCGCAGCGCGCACGCCAAAACCUGUGUCCGGAUCUUGCUAUUUAGGUUACGCACAAGAGGAAAAACGCCGUAGAAAAACCAGAAAGCUGUGCGACAAAUGUAAGAAGCCAAUGUGUCUUGAACAUUCGGUCACAUCAACAAAUUGCUCUAUUUGCCAUGAUUUUCCUUAG